AUGCAUGAAGGCUGUGAAGGGCCUCAUCAGCUGGACAUUCACCAUAUUGUUAUCCAAAGGAAUUAUGCUUGUGUUUUCCUUGCCUACCUGUUUGUUCUUUCAUUGUUCACAACGGCCUUCUAUCUCUGCUUUCUAAAUGGAACACUAGGUACCAUUUUCCUUUUAAGCUUGUUCUUCAGUGCUUGCCUUGUCAAAUUCUAUUAUGCAACACGUAUUGAGAAAGGUGAAAAGCCAAGGACUGAUCGUGUAUACACUAUAUGGCUGUCCCAUGCACUCACUGCUUAUUGUUCUUCAAACACAGAGUCUGUUGUAAUUAUACCUGCAUUUGGAGUGCAACUUGAAGCUCACUAUUGGAGUGGGAGAGUUGUUCGUAGCUUUGUUCCUAUUGACAAAAUAAUGAAACCUGUCCUGAAUGAGAAUGUGACUCCAUUCACUUGUUACUGGAGCCUGGCUUUGCUUGUCGGUGGCAAAAAAGAACUUAUGUUAGCAUUCAAGGCGGUACAACCGCCGGUGAAACUGUUAGUUCCCAUCUGGAGGGCUUUGCGUGCUGCCACUUAUAGCAGAGAAACUACAGACUUUCCUGCACAAGUUGAUGAAUAA